GGCUAUCCAUGAGUACUAGAUAGUAUUUACCGUAACCCCCCAUGGAUUGGAAUGAUUAACAAAAUUAUGAAGCACUAGUCGGUAGGAUAUAUUGACAAUAAGGUCUUUGAUAGUUUAGAUGAAAAAUAUAUAUAAUUCACAAGUUUUAUUAGAGUAGAAAAAAGUUGCGAGUCAUUGCAAAAAUUAAUAGUUUCUCAUAUAAAAUAUAUUUAUUUAAAUUUUUUUGGCACCCCUUAUAACAAAUUGUGGCUACGCCACUGUCCAGGACAACACGAUCCACUGAUAAACUAAUCCACUCUUCAUGCUAUUGGUGAAAUUACCACAUUAAAGCUAGGGUACCAUUUUUUUUUUUUUUUCGCCACCCAAACUGUUUGCCCUCCUGACAAGUCUGCUAUUAAAAACCAAAACUUUCGUGAGCUCAAAGUUUAGUGAUUUGUUAAUGUAAUUGACCGUUUGGGAUUAGCAGGCGGACCAUUGUUUUACAAGUCAUUAGUUUAUUAGUCAUCAUGCUGCCGAUAAUUAAACCUCAACAAACCAUUUUUCUCUCUCAUCCCACAAUGGAAAAAGUGGAAUAACAGCCCUCACUCUGCUCUCCCUGAAAAGUGGUUACAGCGAGAAAGAAAAUGACUGAAAUUUGGAGAGAGAGAUUGCGACUUUGAUGAUGGAUGUUGUUGGCUUUCGGAGGAGAAGCAACUCGUGGGAGGGGGUAGCCAUUGUUGCCGUUUGUUGUUUCUUUCGUGUUUUCCUUCAUUGUAAAGCUUCUUCCACUUUACUAAUCGGGGGACCAUGAUGAACAUUUGGAUUCCUAAAACUUCCCAUACGCUUCUCCUACUCUGCUACUGUUCCUUUUCUCCCUCUCCGCGACUUUGAUUCAUCCGCCAGCCAGAAAGCAAGGCGAAGGCUAAAGAAAGUGCGUGAAAAUUGGGUUCGUGGGCCGGUGCUGGAGAUAAGAAAUUUGGCCCUCUCUGCCUCCAUUUUCUCAUCUUUUUCGUUGUAAAAAAGAUACCCACUUUUCCCCCACCCCACCAAGCAACCGGAAGCUCCCCUGUUCUCUUUCUUUUCCCUUCCCUUACUUCUGGGCUUACUGGGAAUUACGUUCUCUGCCUGUUUCCCCACCCCAUUUUUGGUCGACCGUUUUUUGCGUCGGUAGAGAACCUUUUUCGUUAACGUUUGAGAGGGACAAUUUCAGUUUGUAGAUUAUAACAAAAAACCCAAAACGGCAGACUGGUGAAUUUUUUUUUUUGUUUGGUCUGGUCGCUUGCAUGGUCAGUUUCGGAUCAAAUUAUUUUGUUUGAGCUGUCUCCUACCUGGGUUUGUUGUUUUAGGUUUUAGCGAUCCUCACCAGGUGGGAAAGUUUAUAUCUUUCGAUUCCCUCCAUCCUGCAUUCUUUGAUCUUCACGUUUUUUGUUUUGAGGUAAGAGAUAGAAUUAAGUCUACUCAUGAAUUGCUUGUCUUUUCUUCAUCCUUUUUGCCGCUCUUCUAAUUUCUUCUUUUGGCUUGGGAUACUCCGCCAGGCGUUUGAGGUUUUUCCCCUUACGAGACAAACUGGAACUGGGUUCUCUAGUCUUGUUGGGGUUGUGGCUUCAGUGGCAUUUUGCAAAUCUGCUUAAAGUGCUUGCUCACUCCCUUAAUCCCGGCCUUUCAUGCAUUUAUCCAGUUCACAAGGUAACAACUUGGCUCUGAGUCACAAUGCUUGAUUGGGUUUGGGGGAUAAUGUGGCUGGAAAGUUAGGAUCGAUGGCCCGUAGAUCUUGUUGUUGUAAAUCGGUAGGAAGUUGGGUAGAUGCAUUUAUCAUGGUUACUCCCUUCAUCCCGGCCUUUCAUGCAUUUAUCCAUUUCACAAGGUCACAACUUGACCCUGUGUCACAAUGCUUGAUUGGGUUUGGGGGAUAAUGUGGCUGGAAAGUCAGAUCAAUGGCCCUCAGAUCUUGUUGUUGGAAAUCAGUAGGAAGUUUGGGUAGAUGCAUUUAUCAUGGUUAUGAAAUGGCCGUGGAUUUUGGGGAAAGGAUGCAUGUUGAGAGAGGGUUCAGAUGUUUCGUUAUGUGAUCUUUUACUCUUUGGUGAACUGUGAGGCUGUAUCUGCAUUGUGGAAGAGUAGGCCAUUGAAUGACAUGAUCUCUACUCCCCACUCAGGUAGUUUAUCUGGCUUUUUGAUUGAUUGCACCACGUCACCACCUGGCGGUUCUUACUACUGUACUCAAGUAAUGCUUGCUGGUUCAACCACCUGCAUUGUUUACCUUGUUCCUGCCAGUAGAACAUACAGAUUAUGAUCGUUCCUGUUUAGCUUAAUGUAGAUGUGCUAUGUGUACUUUCUUUGCAGUUUGUGUAGCAAUUUUUAGAUUGAUGAUCGAAUUUUCAUCCUGUAGUAGGUUUGGAGUGUAAACAUGUGGUGAAUGUCCCAAGUUGAUUAAGUAUAACAUAGUGAUUACACAUAAGAUAACCAUUAUGGCAAAGAAAUCUCAAAGACGUCCAGCUGGAAAUGCAAAGCCAGGCUGCAUGUGGGGUCUAAUUAACAUGUUGGAUUUCCGCCAUGGGCGAGUUACUCAGAAGCUGCUCCCAGAUAAGAGAUUCGAGAGCAGGCAUGUUCCUGGGCAUGGAUAUGAUACUAUUAAGCAUGACUUGUCACCGAAUUCUGAUGAAAAGACAUCUGCAAGUGAUGGUAAAGGCAAUCUUGUUUUGAAUACUGAAUUCCGCAAGCCAAGUGUCAAGAAACUCAUAGAAGAAGAUUUGCUAAAUGAGCAAACUUUGAAGAGUGAGAUAAAUGACAAUCAGAUACAGCCCAAAUUAGAACAGGAGGAUCGACAACGAAAGAGGAGCAGCAAGAGAAUAAAGAGGGGUCGUUCAAAAAGUUGUGAAAUACAUGUUGAAGAUCUGAAUGCUGCAGACAUUAGGGAACAUGAACAGCCUUGUGCUCAGAAGUUAGCGAAGCAAUCUAGUGACAGUCUUUAUGUAGGUGAAAUAAUAGAGGAGUUCUGCCAUCAGCUCCAUCAGAAAGGUAGUAAUUGCAUAAAGCAUGGCGAGGAUUGUGAAUUCCAUCAUCCGAAACAGAGUAACAUAAAUUUUGAAGAGAGAUUGAGCGAGGCCCUUAAUGUUUUUGUCAGACAGAAGCAUCUAAUUGAAGAGGAGAAUAUCCCCAGCUCCAAAGAACUCACAGAUGCUCUUCACAUAUUGUGUUCAGAUGAGGAAUUGGCUUCAAGACUCUUACUGGGUCAAAAGUCAAUGAUAAUGAAGCAAUUGGAGAAAGCAUUGAUUUCCCAAGUAGAAAAUGAUGACUCAAAGUCAUUGUUAGGAAGUAGUACCAUGAAAGAAGAGCAGGAACCUGUACCCAGAAAGCAUAAGAGAUUCUUCAGACGAAGCAAGUCCCUUGCAAAGUUCUCUUCUGAGGAAAUUGAUACAUUUCAUGCUUCAAAUAGGAUUGUCAUAUUGAAGCCUGGGCCUACCAAAGAUGCUACUGGCUCCUUGAGGCAGUCUCAAAUGACUGCCAAAGACACGUUGCCAAAUGAAAGGGGAAGUUCCCAUUUUUCCCUUACUGAAAUGAAAAGGCGCUUGAGAAAUGCUAUGGCGAAAGAGUCAAGGAAUGUCUCAACUGUUAAGAGAUACACCAAUGAGGCGUGGGCCGCAGGAGAUGGUGAUAGAAGAAGGUUCAAAGAGAACACUGGAAAAAGUACUCCUGGUAAAGAGCACUUCUUUAUAGAAAAGGUCGCGAGACUCCCUCCCACUAGUCCCAAGAAGUCGAAAGAACCUGAACAAAGUAUGCAAGAUGAGGAUGGCAAACCUAUUAAACAGAGUGUAUCUGAUAUAUAUUUAGAGGCUAAGAAACAUCUUUCAGAGAUGCUGAUAACUGGGACUGGGGAUGUAGACUUCCCAAGCAGACAAUUCUCCAAACCGCUAGGGAGGAUCUUGUCAUUUCCAGAGUACAACUCUUCUCCUUUUGGCAGUCCUGGAAGAGAUUCGGAACAUAGUUUCGUUACAGCACGAAUGAGAUUGCCCAACAUUGACUCAUUAGGUAGACGGGAAGGCAAUAUCAGCCAUCUAGGUAAAAAAUCACUGAGCUCAGAUGCACCUUCAUCUGAUAUUGAAGCACAGGCUCCUACGGACCAAACUUCAAGUUCCUCCAAUGAACUUGUUCAUGUUGCUGAAGUGGAGAAAUCUGCUGGUUCCAUGCAAGAUGAGAUGAUGACUCAGGGAUAUGUGGAGAUUGAAGAGGCCUCGGAGAUUAUUAUUGCCCCAGAAGAGGGCAACGUCAUCAAUAAUCUUUCUGAAACAAGUAGCUGUUCCGUCAUCAUUAAUGACCAAAAUGGCGUUGACUCAUCUGAAGUUAGAGAUGAGAAAGCUGAUGCUGAGCCCUUGGAGCAUGAAAGUUCUCCAUUGGAUUCUCCAUCAAAACGGAAGCAUGAUGAUUUGGAAGCUACUGAUGUGCCAGACCGUCCAAGUCCGGUGUCUGUCCUUGAGCCAUAUUUUUCAGAGGAGGAUGGUAGCCCGGCGGCUACCCGAACCCAACACGUUGAACUGUCAUUGCAACCACUAAGAAUCGAAUUUGAGGAACAAGGAUCUUCAUCUGGGGAUCACGUUGCCCCUUCAAAAACCACGGAUCACGAGGACUCCAUGCUCAAGUACAUAAAGGAUGUACUGCUAGACUCUGGCUUGAACUGGGAGGAGUUCUACUUGAUGUCCGAUUCUUCCGACCAGAUUCUCGACCCAUCUAGUUGUCACGAGCUCGAGUUCUACCCUAACCAGUUCUGCAAUGACAAGCAGCUUCUCUUCAAUUGUAUCGACGAGGUUCUAUUGGAGGUAUACGAUUUCUAUUUCGGUUCAUCACCCGGAUUGUCUUUGGGAAACCCUGCAUCCACCCGCCCUAUCCCCGACAUGAACCACACCAUUGACGAGGUGUGUGAAAGAUUGCAUUGGCACCUUCGUCCCUUGCCAUCACCUCGUACUCUGGAUCAGGUUGUGAAGAGAGACAUGGCCAAAAAUGGUUCUUGGAUGGACCUUCGACGUGAUUCAGAAACUGCCCUUGUCGACAUUUGUGAAGACAUUUUCGAACGCCUGAUUGAGGAAACGGUGUUUGGCCUCUCUAGUUCAGAAAGUGACAGCAGCAGCAUAUGCUUGUGAAAAGAAACUUCAAACUUGUGCUUGUGUUCACGUUUACCUUACUGUGCAAUUUGUUUUUCUCUAACUUGGCCUUUUGACAUACAUACGAGCAUAGCACAUAAUCCCCUAGGAACGAUCAUGAUCUGAUCGUUGUUUCGAUCGGGAAAGGAAGUGUGCAAGCUGAGGGUGGCUCGCACUCUUCCUUAGUGUUGAUUGUAGAACUGAGCUAGUAGUGGUAAGAUCCCUUUUGGUGUGGUUUUCAGAGUUCUCUUCUUCUUGAAUUUACAGGCAGUGGAGUUACUAUGUGUAACCAUGAGGUGUGAAUUCUUAUUCUUAUGGAGGGAUGAGAAAUUAAUAAAACAGGAGAUGGGAGUUCUCCAACUCGGUUCCAUCAUCCAUGCAUGUGUUACUCCAUUAUCAGCUUACAGUUUGACCUGUUGUUCACAGUAGCAAGCAGUGUAUAAGUGCAACAAUGGAGUGCAGUGGUGGAACUUAGUGUAUUGCAUGAGGGCUAAAGUCUUCUCUCAACUUUCAUCUAAUGUUAUAAUUUAUGUAUUCAUAUCGUGAGAAACCAUAAAAGGAGCUAUUAGUCGUCUCUUCCAAGAUUUAUGUUCAAUGGUAGGAAGUUGUGGUAAUUUGUUAUCUUCACCCGCUCCUGAUCACUCUAAUUACUGACUUCGUCACUAAAGAAGUGCAAAGACAAAAAAAAUUCCGAACAUUUUUUCAUUUUUUCAUUUUUUGGUUUAUCGCAUUUUAAACUACAUUACUACCGUCUGCAACUACAACUACGAGGGAUUGGAGCAGAGAAAUCAGUGAAGACGACUUUCACUUAACAUUAGGAGAUUAUAACACUAAUCCUUACAAAAAAAAUGAAUGAAAGUGAACCGAAUGA